AUGAAUAUUGAUUUACUAUAAAGUUACAGUAUUGCAUAUUUUAAGUGUAAAUGUUAUGAAUACAGCAAAUAAACUUUUACGUAUUUCAGAAUAAAAUUGUGAGGCAUGUCAGGAGGGAGAAGAAAGUCUCGCAAACCACAGAAAUGGGAAGACUAUGUUGCCGAUGAAGAACAACUAGCAACUAUUGAGAAGGAACUAGUGAAAGAAGAAAAAGCCCGUAUGAAAUGUGCCAGCAAUGAUGGAGAUUCUUCAGAAAAAUCUCCAGACGGUGGUCAGGAUGAGGAGGACGAUGAUGAUAAUGACACCACAGAUGAAGAAGGCCAUUUACAGAUUGUCAUUCAGAAAGAUGAAAGUGAAGAAUUUCAAACAGAUAAGGAGUUAAUUAAAGAAGAGAUUCUGAAGAUGAGCUCAGUGUUGGAGUUCAAGAUAAAAAAGAGAAGCAGUGGUCUACCACUCAAGAAAAAAAUAAUGGAGAAAUGAUCGGAGACUGUACCAUAUGUGGAAUUCAGUUACGGGAUUGGCCUUCUACUCAUAGCCAUCUUAGAUUUCACCGUCUUUCAUAUGUUCCACAAUGCAAUUAUGGAAAUGUGCUGACGCCCUUGACCAAAAGGUUAAAUUGCCAAGUUUGCCAGCGAAUUUGUCAAAACAGAGAAGUGUUGGCAUAUCAUGCUUACACUGAGCAUUAUAUAAACCGAAAAGAUGCAAAAUGCUGCCCUUUUUGUAGCAAGAAUUUCAAAGAUAAUGAAGAAUUUCAAGAACAUCUUGACAUGGAUAUUAUUAGCUUUAAGUGCCAA